UCCUACCCGGAUGUUGGUCCCACAUGUCGAUGAAAACACAGUCGCCUUUAAAAUGGAAUUAAACAUUAAGAAAACAACCUCACAGGAUUUGCUGUCAUGUGGGAACGGAGAAGGUCUCAGUGAGAAGCUUCUCCUCAAACCAAAGGCUGCCAAAUCCCUGCAGACAGAGAGAGUCCCGAGGAGCAGCGUGUUGGAUCGGCUGCAGAGCUUCCUGCCUCAGAUGGCCGAAGCCAACGAGAAGCUGAAGAAGCAGAUGGCUGAAGCUCCAGCUGGAACAUUUGACAUAGAGAGCGUGGAGGAAGCAGAGAAGGUCAUAGAGAUGGACGUGGCGCUGGUGGAGCUCAGCGGCUCAGAAAGCGACUCUGAAGAAUAUGAGGAGAAUUCAGAUUGUGAGGAGGAAUCGGAGAGCGACAUCACAGAGCCGAGCAUCAAAUUACCUGGAGAGAAGGGCAAGAAGAACAAAGCAAACAUUCAGGUCCUGAAUCUUUAGGGAGAGUAGAAACCGUGGCAUGCACAGACUUUUGGCUGCGUACAUUUCUGGAGGUAGUGUGGAUUUAACUGACUGACCUUUGGAGGGAUUUUAACCUACUUCAGCGACGGAGAACAGGAAGUGGAUGUGUGGAGAGACACAGAUCGUCCUCAUCCAUAUGGGAACUAUAAGAGUUAUUAUUUGUAUACAUUUAAAAAGGUAUGCAGAAGUGCCUUUGGAGCCAGAACAGAAACUGUGAUAACCUCAUCCAGUCUGGCCAUCAGCUGACCUCUCGUUGUCCAUGAUGUGUUAUCAGUUAUUACUGUGGAUCACCUAGUUUGUUGGCUUUUGUUUUCAUAUGCUUUAACACAUUAUUACAUCAGUUUAGACCACAGACUGUUUGUGCUCACAGUUAUGAUCUUCUAAAGGAAGAUGGGUUGCCAGAAAAGAGGUAUGAUUCGGUGUAUGCCAAUGAAAAUAAAGCUUCUGUACAUAUAUAUGCUUCAUCUAGAUGUAUUGAUACUUCUAACAUGUUAGCAAUCAGAAAUAAUCUGUGUCAUGAUUAAAAGUGCAAUGUGGUCAGAAUAUGUUAUCCCAUUAGUUUCAUUAUCCCUAAAACUGUUUUUUUUUAUUAAAGCUGAAAUCAUGAAUAUCUAAAAAACAA